AAAGCGCGAAGAAAUUGAAGUAACAACUAUGGAUAGUGCUUUAAGCAGCUUAUUACAAGAUAUGCUUCGUAUUUAAAUUGAAACACCACUUUCGUAUGAAAGCAAUUUAAAAUAUUGUGUAAAGUAUAUCUGAGUGAUACUGUUUUAUUAACCUAUAUGUUUUAUAGGUUUGAUUAAAAUUUCGACAUCUUUACAUACAUCUCGAAGUGCGGUGCUAUAAUAAUUCUCCAGUGACAAGUUCGUGUAUGAAAAGGAUUCCCGAUUCCCUUUCAGAUUGUCGAUAAAGUUACAAAACUGAAAACAUAUCAGCACGUGGUAAAAAAACAAAAAACAAAAAACAAAAAAAAAAAAAAAAACAACAAAAAACAAUGGGAACAAUAAUUCGAUACUGAUCUGGCCACAUCUAAGUGCGAAAUGGAAAUGUUUAAGGUCAUAUCGGCAAUAUUUAUUGCGGACGUUUACCUGACGGGGGCACAGCAACUUUAUAGUUCAUUUCUACACGUUACACCAACCAGCAUUAAAGAUCAGAUUCAACUUCACUAUCAUUUUUCAUGGAAAGAACAGGGUCUGGCAGCGGGAACAUGUGUGACACCUGUUUGCUUAAAAGUUUAUAAACUGACGAAUAAAACCGCCCAAUUUUUCGGAAGAUUUACCGGUUUUCAGUGGUGGUGUUAUCGGGGUUGUGCAAGCAAAAAUGUUAUUUCAGACCUGUCGUCCCUAAUGUUUACGGAAGUUACCAGCUUCGGUGGUCUUAAAUGGGAAGCUGGAGAAGAAACAGUCAUCCAUACGUUCAAUGCCGCCGACGCCGACGAUAUAACAAUUAGAUUUCAGUUUUCAAACGGGACACACUCUGAAGUAGUCGAGGACGCGCAUUUGAAUCUUGGAAUAAGAAGUGACACAAAAAGGCCCAAUAUGAGUCCGUCCACAGCUGUUUUGCCAAUAUAUAGGGUUCCUCUUGGCUGCUCUGUAGAGAUCGACCUGUUUCCCUAUGACGGGGAUGGAGAUUACACCACAUGUAGAUGGAAUAACAUCUUACCGUCCGCCAGCCUAGAUAAUACUUCGUGCAAAAUAGCAGUUCAUGCAACGUCAUCUACUGGGUACCGAGCAGGUCAGCAGUACAAGGGGUCUGUGUACCUCGAAGAUUAUUCUUCUGUACCAGUAAAUAUUUCCAGAAACGGCAACAGUUCCGUCACAUCCGGUCCCUUCAGUAGCGCCCCGGUCAUUUUCACUGUAUACGUCAGUAACGCUCUGUCAGCCCCGAGCAACUGCUUGUCUAAACCCCGGUUUGAGCCCAAUCAUGCCUCAGCCACUCGGUCAUAUCUCCCGCUUACUAAUUACUCCACAAAAUUAACAACGACCGAGAAAAAUGUAACAAUUCUUACAGUAGGACAUCAAGGCACUGUGUUUCACAAUACUGCAACCAGUUCUGGCACAGAAGUAACUUCAGACUGGACCAUCACCGGAAAUGACACAGGCGUAUAUAAAACCUGUUUCAUGGUGUAUAAUAGUAAUGGGGUGCCGGGAGAUACGAUAUGCGACACUUUGCUGACAGGAGAUACUGACGACUGUGCACGAAAUGACACGUGCACGGAUAAAUCAUGUAGACACUGCAAGGAUUACUGGCAAUAUUACACGUGCUCAUAUGAUACUUGCAAUGAUCAAAAGUUAAACCUCGGGCUGAUUGUGGGUGCGGCAGUCGGAUCAGUGAUUCUUCUUGCUGCCAUAGUAACUGGGAUAUGUUUAUACCUUAGGUACAUUAAAAAGAAAAAGACAAAAGUGACAGAUUUAAGUGAAAAACAUAAGGAAAUAAAAUAG